CUCGUGGACUCAGUUGUGGUGACCUUCAAGUGAAGAUUUUGCGAUCGAUUGGUUUGAUUGUCGUCUCAAUUAAACGUAACCACAGAUUGUCUGCAAAAUGAUUGGACGGACGAAACUGUUGUCUCAUUUCUGUCUGAAGAGUAGCCGCUCUUUCAGUACCACUCAUGAGGUUCGGUCAAAAGUGGCGGUUUUGGGCGCUUCGGGAGGUAUUGGACAGCCGUUGUCUUUGCUCUUAAAGCACAGCCCAUUAGUGACACAAUUGAGUCUUUACGACAUCGCGCACACACCCGGUGUGGCCGCAGAUCUCAGUCACAUCAAUACCAGAGCCAAAGUGACCGGUCAUGUGGGCCCGGAUCAGCUCAAGGCGGCCCUCGAGGGCGCCCAAGUGGUGGUGAUUCCGGCCGGAGUGCCGCGUAAGCCAGGCAUGACUCGCGACGAUCUCUUCAACACCAACGCAUCCAUUGUCCGCGAUUUGGCCGAAGCGGCCGCCAAAUACUGCCCCAAAGCUAUGAUCGCCAUUAUCUCGAAUCCGGUCAACUCAACGGUUCCGAUCGCUUCGGAGAUAUUCAAGAAGCACAACGUUUACGAUCCGAAACGCAUCUUCGGUGUGACCACUCUGGACGUGGUUCGGGCCAACACUUUCAUCGCUGAGGCCAAAGGUCUGGACCCGAAGGAGGUUAAUGUGCCGGUGAUUGGAGGUCACGCCGGCAUCACUAUUAUUCCAUUGAUCUCUCGGUGCAACCCUUCGGUCACGUUUCCCAACGACAAACUCGACGCUCUCACUAAACGCAUUCAAGACGCCGGCACUGAAGUGGUUAAGGCUAAGGCCGGAACUGGUUCGGCCACUCUAUCGAUGGCCUUCGCCGGCGCCAGAUUUGCUAUAUCUCUAUUGGAAGCGAUUAAUGGCAAAGAAGUGGUUGAAUGCGCUUUCGUUAAGUCGGACGUAACGGAGGCCACAUAUUUCUCGACUCCACUUGUCUUAGGGAAAAAUGGUGUCGAGAAGAACCUGGGAUUAGGAAAGUUGUCGGACUUCGAGCAGAAUUUGGUGAAGAGUGCGAUCGCGGAGUUGCAAAGCAGUAUCAAAAAGGGAGAAAGUUUUGUCAAUAAAUAGAUGCACUAUUUGGAGACAAACCACAGUUUGAACGCAUGGUAUAUAACAAUAUUAAACUAAUUUUAGAAAAUAGCGAAAUAAUUAAAUAUAUCAUGAAUUGAAUGAAUAAAUACACGAUUUGUUUUGUUGUUUCAAAUUAUAA